AUGUUCACGGAAAAUGAUGGAAGGAAAACGAUUACACUGAAUGUGGAGGACCUUGACUUGCUUGAUUUGUACGAGAACUAUUAUAACUACUCAUGGAACGACUCUGAUGGUGGUUGUUGUGAAGGGGGUGAUGUUUGCGACCUGCAUGACGGUGUGAAUUUUGAAGCAGUGUUCAUACCAGUUCUGUACUCUGUGGUGCUUGUUGUUGGUCUACUGGGGAAUGGACUGCUGUUGGGAAUACUGGCUCGGAGUAGGAAAACCUGGAGUGUGACAGAUACCUUCAUCCUCCACCUGGGAGUGGCAGAUGUCCUGAUGUUGGUGGCGCUGCCCAUGUGGGCUGCACAGUAUGGGCAAAGUGAUGGAUGGACAUUUGGUACUCUCCUGUGCAAGAUCAGUGGAAGUGUUUUUACAAUCAACUUCUACUGUGGGAUCUUUCUCCUGGCCUGCAUCAGUCUGGAUCGCUACCUGUCCAUCGUCCACGCCACCCAAAUGUACUCCAGAAAGAAGCCUUGGGUUGUUCAUGCCAGCUGCUUGAUGGUUUGGUUCUUUUCCCUGCUCCUCUCUGUCACUGACUGGAUCUUUCUAGAAGAUGUGUUUGAUGGCAGACGAAACAGAAGAGAGUGUAUUCACAACUAUCGCAAAUUUAAUGAAACGGCAGAAGAUUCUUGGAAGUUGGCAUCUCGUCUGAUUUAUCACAUAAUGGGUUUUCUGCUUCCUUCACUUAUCAUGAUUGUCUGCUACUCCUGCAUCCUGCAUCAGCUGAGGUGUGGUACUCAAAGCCUUAAAAAGCAGAAAGCUUUCAAGGUCAUCAUGGCCGUGGUUGUGGUUUUCUUUCUCUGCUGGACGCCGUACAACAUCACACUCUUGGUGGAAACGUUUCAUUUUGACAACAGCAAUGAAACCUGUUCAGUCACAUCUCUGGAGAAAGCUAAGACAGUGACCAUGACUGCGGGUUUCAUUCACUGCUGUCUCAAUCCUAUCUUGUAUGCCUUCGUGGGUGUGAAGUUCCGGCGUCAGCUCUUGGGCAUCUUCAGAUCUUUGGGCUGCAAGAUGGCAAGUGACAAACUCCAAUCUGCUGUCAGGAGCAUGAAAAGCUCCAUUUGGUCUGAGUCUGCCGACACGUCCAACUCUAUCGCUAUCUGAGAAAGACAAAAACAGCAAAUCUGAACAAGCUUGCUUACAGACCCAAACUGACAUGCAGACAAAGAUAUAAACAUGAGAACAUGCAAUGUGCAUUUGUAUAUUUUUUUCUUUAAAAAAAAAAAAGAAAAACCUGAAACAGGCAGUGGUUAUUGUGUUGUUUUCUGUAGUUCUUAGUGCAUCAGUAGUUGAAUGUGAAGGGACAGAAGUAUUUGCAUUUGUUGGCAGCUCAUAUUUCCUUUUUCUGAUUAUGGACAGUAGUGUACUAAAAAUAAGUCGGGACAACAUGAGAAUUAUUUGUGUAAAGAGCUACUGUUUUACUUAAAAAGGUUUAAAACAGCAUGUAUUUUAUGCCUCAUUUUUGUAUACAUUUGUGUCUUUUGUGUCAAAUGUUCAA